GAAAGGAUGCAGUGUUACUGUACAUUCACACUACACAGAGAAACCUAAUUAAGUUUCGUUUUGACAAAAGAUUACAGAAUAUUAUAAAAUGGCACCUGGCCUCAACAAUAAAGUGGAAAAGGAUGGGGUGAGCGCUAAGGAAACUUCCAUCCACAUUUCAAAUCCCCACUUGAAUUCAAUGAAAGAAGAUAUAUUGUACCAUUUUGACCUUGGGACCGGCAGCCAUGAUUUACCAGCAAUGUUUGGAGAUGUCAGAUUUGUGUGUGUUGGGGGGAGCCCCUGGAGAAUGAAAGCUUUUAUCCAGUACAUUGCUGGAGAGCUGGGACUGGGAGACCCCAAUGCAGAUUAUCCUAACAUCUGUGCAGGAACUGACCGCUACAGCAUGUACAAAGCAGGGCCUGUGUUAUCAGUCAGUCAUGGUAUGGGCAUUCCUUCGAUUGCAAUAAUGUUACAUGAGCUCAUUAAGCUACUGUAUCAUGCUAAGUGUACCAACGUCACAUUCUUACGCACUGGGACAUCAGGUGGAGUAGGGUAA